AUGCCUGAUGCCACAGCAUCAUUAUUUGACCAGCCUCCUCAACGAAGAAAAAACACGGCGAGGGCCUUCCGGUGUGCGCGGACGGUCAACAUCGCGCUGUUUGUCAGGCUACAUGCUGUGUUUUCGCGCGAUCAUCCUACAAACUCAUGGGCGAUUGCUCGACACGGCCUCAUGCAGGCGCCCAAUGCACACUUUUUACCAGCAGCAUCGUUGUCACACGGCCAUUCCCCGUUCAACGCUCAAUAUGACAGCUACGCCACGGCAUCCUCCAUUGACGAUUAUCAUCAACUUUGGCUUGCGGGGAGACGGGCAAGUGGAUGCUGUCGAACGGUUUCGUCGACUACUUUGAGCGCGCUACUGCAAUCUGCAGCGGAUGCCCACUCCGGUGGAAGCGAGCAAGGAUGGCUGAUCGAAGAGGACACGACCUGCACGGCAACCCUGCCCGACACGUGGAAGUCUCUUGCGGGCCUCUGCCCACCUACUAGAAGCGGCAUCGCUGAAACAUCCGCGGAAAUGGCUCCGUUCAAUAAUCCCGCCCAUCAGUGGACGAAGUUUAUGCUUCGAUAA